UGAAAAGCAUGGCGGAUGACACGGUGCAACGCGUGAAAGUAAACCCAGAGGAAGCACUCGAUGGUUCGAGUUAUGAUGGAAAUGUAACCUGCGACGAAAACAGCAAAGCAGAGAAGACUUUCAAGGAUUUGGGUGUUACUGAGGUUCUCUGUGAAGCUUGUGAUCAGCUGGGAUGGAAGGGUCCAACCAAAAUUCAGAUAGAAGCUAUUCCUGUAGCCCUACAAGGGAGGGACGUUAUUGGCCUGGCAGAAACUGGUUCAGGGAAAACUGGGGCUUUUGCUUUACCCAUCCUCCAGUCGCUGUUGGCGUCUCCACAGAGGCUUCACACCCUCGUCCUCACCCCCACCAGAGAGUUAGCAUUCCAGAUCUCUGAGCAGUUUGAAGCCCUUGGUUCUAGCAUUGGCGUUAAGUGUGCUGUUAUUGUUGGAGGAAUUGACAUGAUGUCUCAGUCCUUGGUGUUGGCUAAAAAGCCACAUGUUGUUAUUGCCACACCAGGUCGGUUGAUUGACCACUUGGAGAACACAAAGGGCUUCUCCCUACGAGCUUUGAAGUUCCUGGUCAUGGAUGAAGCAGACAGGAUCCUCAAUAUGGACUUUGAGACUGAGGUGGAUAAAAUCUUGAAGGUGGUUCCCAGAGAAAGAUGCACCUUCUUAUUCUCUGCCACCAUGACAAAAAAGGUCCAAAAACUGCAGAGAGCUGCUUUGAAAGAUCCAGUGAAGUGUGAAGUUUCCACAAAAUACUCUACAGUAGAUACACUGCAGCAAUACUACAUUUUCAUACCAUCCAAAUACAAAGACUGUUACCUGGUGUCUAUUCUGAAUGAGUUGGCUGGUAACUCAUUUAUGAUUUUCUGCAGCACAUGUAACGGUGCCCAGAGGGUGGCACUGUUGUUAAGGAAUCUUGGUAUCACUGCAAUUCCUCUGCAUGGCCAAAUGAGUCAGAAUAAACGACUCGGAGCGCUGAACAAGUUCAAGUCCAAAUCUCGAUCUGUGCUGUUGGCAACAGAUGUGGCAUCGAGAGGACUUGACAUUCCACAUGUUGACUGCGUCAUCAAUUACGACAUCCCCACCCACUCCAAGGACUACAUCCACAGAGUCGGCCGAACAGCCAGAGCAGGGCGAGCUGGGAAAUCCAUCACUUUUGUUACUCAGUAUGAUGUGGAGCUUUUCCAGCGAAUUGAAACUUUAAUUGGGAAGAAACUUCCCGCCUUUCCUACUCAUGAAGAAGAAGUGAUGAUGUUGGUGGAGAGGGUGAGCGAGGCCCAAAGGUUUGCCCGGCUGGAAAUGAAAGAGCAAGGUGAGAAAAGGAAAAGGCCUAAAGGAGGUGAUAGAGAUGAAGAUGACACAGAUCAAGCAAGUGGAGUGAGAAAGAAAGUGAAGGGAGGAGGAGGAAAAAAGAGAGGUGGAGCAGCUUGGAGGGGAGGACGGUAAAACCUUCGACCUUAAGACUACAGAUGCCACAUCAAACAAUGUGGAUUCCCUUUAUUUUUUUUUUUUUAGUAAUUACAGCAUGAAAAUGUCAUGUUUUCCUACAUUUACAGUGUAAGCAAAUGACUAUUUAAUUAUGGAAAAUAUGCUUUUCAUGUCCCCUUGCUUUUUUCCUUGAGCAAUAAAUUCCAUUGUAAAGUCAAA